GUAAAUUUAUUUCUUCGCGGCAUUCUCUGUUUUGGUUAAUUCUUCAAAUCAAUUUAUUAAGCAUUCAAGAAACAGAUAUGUCAAUUAUCUAACUCUUUGACAAUGAUUUCUGUAUUUUGCAUUCUCACAGCAAGAGGAGAUAAAAUCUUAGAGAACACAUAUAGAAGUGAUAUUACAGAAGCACAGCUUAGUGCUGUGUUACAGUCUGGAAUAAAAUCGAAGUCAGCUGCAACUCAUUCUUGUUUUGAAGUCAACAACGUUUAUGGAUUUUAUAUCAAACGUGAGAAACUUAUAUACUUGGUUGUUUGUAAAUCAAAAAUUGCUAAUGUUUUGGUUCUGCACUUUUUAGAGAGCUUUUACUCAUUGGUGCGAAAUUAUUGUGGUGGUGCUGCAGAGGAUAACAUAACCAAAAAUUUGGUUCUAGUCCAUGAGUUAAUGAACGAAAGUGUAGAUAAUGGUUAUAUUAAAAGUACUAACACUGAGCAGUUACGACCGUUUAUCUACAGCGAUCCAGUCAUUGUCAAAAGUAGCCAGAAAUAUGAAAUAAGGAAGCCAGGUCCCUUUGGCAUGGAAAAGGUUUUUGUUCCUAGUACUGCUGCAAAUCAACCAAUUGUAAAAUCCAGAUCACAACAGGACAUGAAAUGUGCUGAAGUAUUUCUUGAUGUUAUUGAAAAACUCACGGCUCAUUUUUCCAGAGAAGGUCUAGUCCAAAAAUUUAGCUUGAAUGGAGUCAUACAGCUAAAAAGCUUUAUAACAUUCAAUCACCAGUUAAAUAUCAGCUUAGAUGACACUGUUUCUGCAAAUGAACCCAGAAAACGAGUCAUGUUCGAUCAGUAUCAUUUUGAAAAAUGUGUUGAAGAUAAAGAUUUUGAAAAGAAUUCUUCAUUUUUGAUCCAGCCUUCCCAAGGAGAGAUCAAAGCCAUGCUGUAUUCUGUAGAGAAUCCAGUCUUGUUGCCUUUCAGACUUUUAGCUAACAUUCAGACGUCUGAGUCUAAUAGGGAUUGCGAUUUGACUUUAAAACUAUCAUGCAAUUUACCAAGCAAUGUUGAAGCACUCAAUCUUUCUCUCCAUAUACCGGUACCAUCUGCGACUAGAAACAUUAUGCAGCAAUUUAGUAUGCAUGAAAACUCUGCUGAGUUUUUGAGUAAAGAAAGAAAAAUAUUAUGGAAAAUAAAAAAGCUUACUGGGCAAGGAGAGGUCAUUGCUAAAUUUAAGAAGAUAAGGAUUCUAUUCAUUAGAGAGGGAGUGGAAGAUCCCUGUUGAAUGGAGACAAAUGCAUGGACAAAAAAGGGGCUGUGAAUGAAGAGGACCCAGUUCCCAGAAGUUCCAGGAAACUGUUCCAUGAAAAAACUCUUCAGUGACUUGUAGCAAAUUAGCCACUGAAGAUCGAAAAAAAAAAAAAAAUAUUUCGUGUUAAGCGAAUUUUGUUUCGUGUUAAAAGAAAAAUAAUGUAUUAAAUUGCUAUGUACACUGUCUGGACCUCGAUAUCAUUUCGUGUUAACCGAUUUUUC